UCUAUCCACAUACUCUGCCACCCGCCAUGUCCCUCCUCCGCAGGACCUUCCCUCUCCUACCCCUCCGUUCCAAACCCCUAAACCCUCUCCUAUCCCACGCCUUCCUUAUUCUCAAACCCUCCUUCUCUAAACCACUUCCCAAACACACCUCCAUUUUCUCUUCUUCGUCUUCUUCUUCCUCCUCCACCUCCUCUUCCACCACACCCAUUUCCAAUCCCAAGACCCCAAUUGCCCCGACCCCUCUCCAAUGGGUCACCCGAACCGGCUUCUGCGGCGAGCUAUCCACGGCCGAUGUGGGCAGACGGGUCACGCUUUGCGGGUGGGUCGCCCUCCACCGGGUCCACGGCGGCCUCACCUUCCUCAACCUCCGGGACCACACCGGCUCUGUUCAGGUCACCACUCUUCCCGAUACGUUUCCCGAUGCUCAUUCCGCCAUUAACGACUUGAGACUCGAGUACGUCGUUGCCGUCGAAGGCGUUGUCCGGUCUAGACCGGCUGACUCCGUCAACAAGAAGAUGAAAACGGGCUUAAUAGAGGUUGCGGCAGAGAGUGUUCAGGUGUUGAAUGCUGUGAGGUCUAAGUUGCCAUUUUUAGUGACUACUGUAGAUGAUGCUAAGGAUUCUGUUAAGGAGGAGAUACGUCUAAGAUACCGGUGCCUUGAUCUACGCCGUCAACAAAUGCAUUCAAACAUGAUGUUACGGCAUAAAGUUGUGAAAUUGAUUCGGAGACAUCUCGAGGAUGUACAUGGUUUUGUAGAGAUUGAGACUCCAAUACUCUCUAGAUCUACACCGGAAGGUGCCCGAGAUUAUUUAGUGCCCUCAAGAGUUCAGCCAGGAACAUUUUAUGCAUUGCCUCAAAGUCCACAACUGUUCAAGCAAAUGUUAAUGGUUUCUGGUUUUGAUAAGUAUUAUCAAAUAGCAAGGUGCUUUCGAGAUGAAGAUCUAAGAGCUGAUAGACAACCCGAAUUCACACAGCUUGAUAUGGAGCUUGCUUUCACUCCUUUGGAGGAGAUGCUGAAGCUUAAUGAAGAUUUAAUUAGAAAGGUUUUUCUAGAGAUCAAAGGUGUACAUCUCCCAAACCCUUUUCCUAGGCUUACAUAUGCUGAAGCAAUGAGUCGAUAUGGUUCAGACAGGCCAGAUAUUAGAUUUGAUCUUGAGUUAAAAGAUGUAUCUGAUAUAUUCUCAGAUUCCCCCUUCAGGGUUUUUGCCGAUACUUUGCAAAGUGGGGGAGUUCUCAAAGUUUUAUGCGUACCUUCAGGUGCUAAAAGCUAUUCAAACACGGCUCUAAAGAAGGGUGAUCUUUACAAUGAAGCAAUCAAAUCUGGAGCGAAGGGUUUGCCUUUCCUCAAGGUCUUGAAUGAUGGGGGAGUUGAGGGAAUUCCUGCGUUGGUAUCUACUAUGGAUCCAACAAAUACCGAGCAGUUUCUGAGUCGUUGCUCUGCCAGACCAGGUGAUCUUAUCUUGUUUGCAGUGGGUCAUCAUUCAUCAGUUAAUAAAACUCUAGAUCGACUACGGGUGUAUCUGGCACAUGAGCUUGGUUUGGUUGAUGAUUCCAGGCAUUCAAUUCUGUGGGUGACCGAUUUCCCAAUGUUUGAAUGGAAUGAUCCUGAGCAAAGGCUGGAGGCCUUGCACCACCCUUUCACUGCCCCAAAUCCUGAAGACAUAAAAGAUCUUUCUUCUGCUCGUGCUUUAGCUUAUGACAUGGUUUACAAUGGAGUUGAGAUUGGUGGGGGAAGUUUGAGAAUAUAUAAACGUGAGGUGCAGCAAAAAGUUUUGGAAAUUGUUGGUAUCUCCCCUGAAGAGGCUGAAGCGAAGUUUGGCUAUCUUCUCGAGGCUUUAGACAUGGGUGCCCCUCCGCAUGGGGGGAUUGCUUAUGGUUUGGAUAGAUUGAUUAUGUUGUUGGCGGGUGCUAAUUCCAUUAGGGAUGUCAUAGCUUUCCCAAAAACGACAACUGCACAGUGUGCCCUCACGCGAACACCAUCUCAGGUGGAUCCGCAGCAGCUAAAGGAUCUAUUGUAUCAGACUCAUUAGUACAAUCUUCAAUCGGCUUAUCCAUAUCAGAAGAUAUAGCUACCCAUAUUUCUGUUCCCUAAUUGUUAUUGCACUUGAUCAUUGAGCUUGUGUGGUCUGGACAAGUCAAUUUUUGAUUUCCCAGGGAACUAUAUAGUACUGUCUGUUAAAGAUAUUUAUGAUAAGUUUUCUUUUUUCUUAUUCAUAAACCCUAUGAUACCCGAUCUUAUUCAUGACCCAGAACUGAACAACAGUUUUUUUGCAUUGUA